AUGCUUCCCGAUAAUUCGCCUUCUUCAUUAGUUCUAACUAAAUCGUUUAAAGCCCUUCUUGCUGCUGCCUGGAACGCAUUCUCCGGACCUCCUUCCCGAGUGCCCUGCCACGUCCGCGACCUCCGCCUCGACCCCCUCGUGUCCGCGCGCUGGCCGCGGCCAGCAGGGGACUUUCACGACUACCUAUUCCCGCGUUCUGACACAUCCGUGCGUCCUCCAAUGCCUGCUGCCGACGCGUUCGCCGAGAUGGCGACAGAAGCGGCAAGGUCGGUGGUGGACCUAGGUCACACCGCUGAGAGCGUGCUUGCUUCGCCUCCGGCUCCUGCCGCCCCUGCCGCUGAGGCUCCAACAGCUCCCCCGGUUCCCCUUGCCGCUGCUGCGCCGUUAACGGCCCCAGUCCAACUGGCGUCUGCUCCCCCGCCAAGCCUCCCUCUUCCUCUCGGUGCUCCUGCCCCUGAUGCGCCCGCUCCUGUUGCGCCGCAGCCGCCUUCGGCGUCGCCACUUGUCCAAGCUGCCGCCGGCGUCCCUGCACCGGGGACAGCGGUGGGCGCCUCCCACGACCCCGCGCACCAGGUCGCACUUGCGUCUGCGCCGGUACAGCCCGUCGCGCAGGCGCGCCCCGAGUCCCACAGUCGUGGUGUUGCUGGGGGCAGUGCGGCGGCGCAUCGGGGGCGUGGUUCUCCUCGGCGUCGCCCCUCCUCAUCGUACCGGAAUGCGCAUCGCGGUGGCCGCGGUGGCUGGUGGGGAGGUCACGGUCGCGGACAUGAGGCGCCGAGCGAGAUGCAGCAGUUACGCGACGACUUCCCCGGGAUGUUGGCCGCGGCGAUGCGCGAGGCACUGAACAGUGCGUCGAUUCCUGUGGCUGCCCAGGCUCCUCCUGCUCCACACGCGGUUCCUGCGCCGAGUGCUCAGGCGUACCCGCAGGGUCCAGGCCCAGCUGUUGGCCGUGCACCACCACCCGCAUCUCGUCCGGUCGCCGCCGCUCCGUAUCCCCCUCUUCCAUGGAUUCCCCCCGUUCCGGACACGGGAUUUGUGGGAGCGGGAGGCGGAGAGGCGAGGGGGCCCUUCCGCCCUCUGCGUCGCGUUGAUGAAGGGAGCACUCUCGAUCCGAUGGCGCGAGCUGAUUGCUUGGCAGCGGCAGCGCAGUUCGCCUUCCUCCUGCUACCCGUGCUGGGAGCGCCCGCGCCGGGAGGCGUUGCGGUAACGCAGCUGGACCUGACUGUCCAGGAUCUGACUGGGCACCUCCGUGAAGGAGGCGCUGUUGAAGCGCUUGGCGCGACCGCGUUAGUGGUCCGCCAGAUGUGGAGGACCAUGCGAGGGAUCCUCGCGGCACUUGACGCCCACUUAAUGUAG